AUGCUCGGCCUGGACGUGUGCGAGGCUGGCGGGCAGCUGCUGGAGCUGCUCUGGCUGGCGCUGUGCUACAGAGACAUCAUGGCUGACAAGGAGGGGGUGACGCUAUCCCUGGAGGAGGAGGAGGAGGAGGAUGCCGACGUGGCCCUGGCGUACAAGACGCCGGAGAAGAAGAGCCUGCAGGAGAUCCAGGAACUGGACCCAGGGGAUGAGAGCCUGCGGAAGUACAAGCAGGCACUGCUGGGUGUCAUCCCUGCUGCCGUGGAUGCCAGUGUGCCCAACGUGCAGGUGACAAGGCUGACACUGAUGUGUGAGCAGGCGCCAGGGCCCAUCACCAUGGACCUGACAGGAGACCUGGAGGAGCUGAGAGGUCGGGCCUUUGUGCUGAAGGAAGGGGUGGACUACAGGGUGAAGGUGUCCUUCAAGGUGAACAGGGAGAUCGUCUGCGGGCUGCGGUGCCUGCACCUCACCUACCGCCGGGGCCGGCCCGUGGAUCGCGACGUGUUCAUGGUGGGCAGCUACGCGCCUCGGGCCGAGGAGUACGAGGUGGUGACGCCGGCGGAGGAGGCGCCGCGGGGAUGGCUGGCACGGGGCUCCUACCGCGUCCGCUCCCUCGUCACCGACGAUGACAAGACGGAGCACCUCUCCUGGGAGUGGGGCCUCUGCAUAAAGAAGGCUUGGGAGGACUGACCCCGCCCCGCACCCCGGCUCCCCCCGCCAGCUCGGGGUGCGGCCAUCCCGGGGACCCCUCGCCGGCACCGCCGCGCUUGCCCCAGUCGCGUCAAGGGUUGAGGGGGGUCCCUUAGCGAGUGAGAGCCCGUGGUCGUGGUCUUCGCAACCAAAGUUAUUUUUAAUUGCUCUUUUUUUUUUUUUUUUAAAUAUCGACGCCCGCCUGGUCCUCACGGCGUCCCCGUCGCUGGGGCCGGGGCUGUGACCCUGCCGUGGUGGUGCCGUGUCCGGUGCCCGCCCGGUCGCAGGCUGUGCUCUUCCAUCGCCAUUAAACCCUACAGACUGGUCUCUUACUGGUGUGUCUGUGCAUCCACCGCCUAUGCCUGUUCCCCUGCUCACUGUCCCCUGCGGCCCUGGUCCCAUCCCGCUGGCGGGGCCAGGUCUCCCUGCGGCGACGAGCGUCUGGAAAACAGCCACCUGGUCCCGCUGCCUUAUCGGCGGGG